GCCUACCGCUCCGGCGCCGCUCUCUGGAAGACCCAGGCAGAAGCCCAAGGGCAGCUACGGGGGCCCGUGAGGCCGCUGGCGCCUCUUUGGCCAGCCCGUACCUUGCAGUGAGGACCCCGGAGCUGCGGCGGGUGCCUCUGCCGGAGCUGCGAGCCCUCCGGGCGUUGCCAUAGAAACGGGUUCUGCUGCCUUAAGGAUGACAGUCCUGGGGCAGCCUCGAAGUUGGAGCCGCCAGUGUUUUCCAAUCCUGAUAUUGUUGCUGGGCACGGGCCAUGGGCCAGGGGUGGAAGGUGUGACACACUACAAGCCCGGUGACCCUGUCAUUUUAUAUGUCAACAAAGUGGGACCUUACCAUAACCCUCAGGAAACUUACCACUACUAUCAGCUUCCAGUCUGCUGUCCUGAGAAGAUCCGUCACAAAAGUCUUAGUUUGGGUGAAGUACUGGACGGGGACCGAAUGGCCGAAUCCUUGUACGAGAUCCGCUUUCGGGAGAACGUGGAGAAGAGAAUUCUGUGCCACAUGCAGCUCAGUUCUGCACAGGUGGAGCAGCUGCGCCAGGCCAUUGAGGAAUUGUAUUACUUUGAAUUUGUGGUAGAUGACUUGCCAAUCCGUGGUUUUGUGGGCUACAUGGAAGAGAGUGGCUUCCUGCCACAUAGCCACAAGAUAGGCCUCUGGACACACUUGGACUUCCACCUAGAAUUCCACGGAGACCGGAUUAUAUUUGCCAAUGUUUCGGUUCGCGAUGUCAAGCCCCACAGCUUGGAUGGGUUGCGGUCCGAUGAAUUCCUGGGCCUUACUCACACAUACAGCGUGCGAUGGUCUGAGACUCAGGUGGAACGGCGCAGUGACAGGCGCCGCGGGGAUGACGGUGGCUUCUUUCCUCGGACCCUGGAAAUCCACUGGUUGUCCAUCAUCAACUCCAUGGUGCUGGUGUUUCUACUGGUGGGUUUUGUGGCCGUUAUUCUAAUGCGUGUGCUCCGCAAUGACCUGGCUCGGUACAACCUAGACGAAGAGACCAGCCCUGGAGGUUCUGGUGACGACUUUGACCAGGGUGAUAACGGCUGGAAAAUUAUCCACACGGACGUCUUCCGCUUCCCUCCGUACCGUGGCCUGCUCUGUGCCGUGCUUGGUGUGGGUGCCCAGUUCCUGGCCCUUGGCACUGGCAUCAUUGUCAUGGCACUUCUGGGCAUGUUCAAUGUGCACCGCCAUGGAGCCAUUAACUCGGCAGCCAUCUUGCUGUAUGCUCUGACCUGCUGCAUCGCUGGCUACGUGUCCAGCCACUUCUACCGGCAGAUUGGAGGCGAGCGUUGGGUGUGGAACAUCAUUCUAACCACCAGUCUCUUCUCCGUGCCUUUCUUCCUGACGUGGAGCGUGGUGAACUCAGUGCACUGGGCCAAUGGUUCGACACAGGCUCUACCAGCCACUACCAUCCUGCUGCUCCUGACAGUGUGGCUGCUGGUAGGCUUUCCUCUCACUGUCAUUGGAGGCAUCUUUGGGAAGAACAACGCUAGUGCCUUUGACGCACCUUGUCGCACCAAGAACAUUGCCCGGGAGAUCCCACCCCAGCCAUGGUACAAGUCUACUGUCAUCCACAUGACCGUUGGUGGCUUCCUGCCUUUCAGCGCCAUCUCUGUGGAGCUGUACUACAUCUUUGCCACGGUCUGGGGUCGAGAGCAGUACACUCUGUACGGCAUCCUCUUCUUCGUCUUCGCCAUCCUGCUGAGCGUGGGGGCCUGCAUCUCCAUUGCCCUCACGUACUUCCAGUUGUCCGGGGAAGAUUACCGCUGGUGGUGGCGCUCCGUGCUCAGUGUGGGCUCCACUGGCCUCUUCAUCUUCCUCUACUCCGUUUUCUACUACGCUCGGCGGUCCAACAUGUCAGGGGCAGUACAGACAGUGGAGUUCUUCGGCUACUCCCUACUGACUGGCUAUGUCUUCUUCCUCAUGCUGGGCACCAUCUCCUUUUUUUCUUCCUUAAAGUUCAUCCGUUACAUCUAUGUUAACCUCAAGAUGGACUGAGUUCUGACUGACAGAACUAUUGGUCUUCUCGUGCUUUCAUCAUGCUCCAUUGAUUUCACUUGAUAGCUUCUCUUCUGACUGAAUUGUGUGAUGGCAUUGUCGCCUUCCUUCCCCCUCCGCCCCUAGGACCUCCCUUCUUUACAGAGGACCUGGAAAUUAAAAAUCUCUAUUAGAUACGGAAUAUAUAUUUGAAGUUUUUAAGUUGCCUUACGUUUUGGUCCUGAUUUUUUUUUUCUUUUUACAAUUAUUAAAAUAAAGUUUAUUAAGAAAAAGGAUCGUGUAGUUGGAGGUUUUGGUCUACUUAUAGAACUCCGGAGCCUGUUGUCAGUGCACGGUUCCUUUGAAAACCGAGUCCCCUACUGCCGCACAAGCUCUGGACUCUAGGGAACUGUCGCCGCGGGGAACCCGCGUUGCCGGGGGCUCUGUUUCUGUGGUUUGGCGGGUGUUCAGCCGGACGGAAGCCCAGACUGACGCCAGCCGCCAGCCGCCAGCAUCCCGCAAGGAAUUUCCUAAGGGAAGUAAGCUGAAUCACCCAGGCGACUGGAGAGACGCAGAGUAACGCCCUUUCCGCCGGAAGUUGGUGUCCGAGUCUCCACGU